AUGCGUUCCGCAUUCAAGAACGAGCAUUCGUUUGAGAAGCGCAAGGCUGAGGCCGAAAGGAUCCGCCAAAAGUACCCGGACCGCAUCCCGGUCAUCUGCGAAAAGGCCGACCGCACCGACAUCCCAACCAUCGACAAGAAAAAGUAUCUCGUGCCCUCGGAUCUUACCGUCGGCCAAUUCGUCUAUGUGAUCCGCAAGCGCAUCAAGCUCGCACCCGAGAAGGCCAUUUUUAUCUUUGUCGAUGAGGUGCUUCCAGCUACAGCGGCGCUGAUGAGCGCCAUCUACGAAGAGCACAAGGAUGAGGACGGCUUCCUUUACGUCUCGUACUCGGGCGAGAACACGUUUGGCCUUGCUUGA